AUGAUGAGCUAUUUCUUCGAACCAAAUCCAAGUUCAACUAUUGAAACUAAUGAAAAAAUAAUCAAUGAAAUUAUUCAACAAAUUUAUCAAUCCUUCGAACAAUUACAGCAAUCCCUAUUGAAUUUUGAAAGUACCAACAAAAUAUCUUCUCCGGAAGUUUGCUUAAAUGAUCUCAAUCAAAUCUUUAAUCGAUUAAUAGAUUUAAAACUUAAUAAUUAUUCGGAUGUUAUGAAUAUGUUUGAGAUAAUAUUGAAAAACUAUCUUGAUCUAAUUGAUAUGAAUCAAUUUAUUGAUAUUAUUGCUCAUCGUUAUGCAUGUAAAAGUAAUAUUGUGUUCGCCUCAUUUUUUGAGUCAUUAAAUCCAGAAGGGGCAUUAGAGUUAACGCACAAAAUGCCAAUUAAAGUUCGUCAACAGAUGUAUUAUCGUAUACUUGAUCAAAUAUGUUCAUCAAAACGAAUUCAUUCUUUUCUUAAUAAUGAAUUAUUAGUUUCCAUCGAUGAUAACCAUAUUAAACGUAUAGUCAGUAAUUUUUGUGGAUUAAUAUUAAUUUUGGUUUUAAAAAUUUUGAAUAGUUUAAAUGUAAAAUUAUUAGACAUAGAAUUGAAGAAAUAUCAAAAUAAUCUAUUUGUCCCUUUCAUAAAAUUUAUUGAUGAAUAUUUUCUAACAAAUCAAUGCUUACAACACGAUGUUUUAAUUAGACAUACACUAGAGUUUCUUCAGAUGGUAAGUGAUCAACCAUUAACAAUAUCGAUAUUUAUCAAUGCCACGUGUCCGCAAGCAUGUUUACGUUGGUUAUCGCUGCCCUAUUUGAAUGAUUAUGAAUAUAUUCAUUGUCUACAGAUUGUCUAUAAUAUUGCUCGUCAUGAUCAAGGAGUGAUUAUUCUUAAUCAAUGUCAAUGUUACAGUGUAUUAAUGCAAUUCAAUACGGAUAUAUUAAAUAAUAAGAUGGAUUUUAUAAUCGAUAAAAACUGGUAUGAAGAUCUUCAACUAAUUUAUUUUAUGACAAUAGUUUUAAUUAUUGAUCCCAACGAACUUGUAGCUGAAAGUACUGAUUGGUUUAUAACAUAUCGGUUGUUACCAGUGAUUUCCCAUAGUAUGUUAUCACGUACAUUUCGACAUCGAAAAUUUCAUAUAUCAGAAUUCAUGAUUGUUCUAAUGAAAUUGUGUACCAACGAUAAUUUCCUUCAUUCUAUUUCUACGAAAAAGAAUUAUAAAUUAUCACAAGAUGUGCUUGAUUUAUUGAAUUUUUUAUUGCAUUGUGUUGAAAUCGAAAGAGUUGAUUAUAACUUUUUAUCGUUGGAUGUUUUGACAAUUACGGCAUCAGCAAAUAUUUUAUGGAGUAUUUCAUUUCACGAUCGAUAUAAGAAUAAAUUAAUUGAAAAUAUUGAAAUUAUAAAUAGACUCGUAGCAUUUGAGUCAAGUGAUACUAUUGACAAAAUACUACCGAAUAUUUACAUACCUCGUCAUAUGUCGCCAUUGAAACGAGCAAUGGAUGGCAUUUUACAAAAUUUAUAUCCUGAGUCAAAUAUAGAUUUAGACAUCAGUUCUUCAACGAAAUCUAAAUCUGUUGGUUCACUAAUGAUCAGUUAUUCUCAUGUUGACAUUGAUUUUUGUCGACAAUUAUAUGAUACGCUCAGUACUGUUCCUGAAUUAUCCAUCAGUAUUGAUUUUAACUCUGGUAAAUAUUCAUGGAAAGACAUCGCGCAAACGAUUGCGCAAUCAGACCUGGUUGUUUUUCUUUUAUCACAAAAUUUUUUCAACAGUAAAUCGUGCCGUCAGGAAUUUAUCUAUGUUACAGAUACAUUGAAAAAGCCAUUUAUCCCAGUCUUUAUCGAUACGGAGUAUGAAGUAAUAGAAUGGCUUAAAAUUCGAAUAAACGAAGUCAAACAUAUUCGUUUUGACGAAAAUGAUUUUCUACAUAUUUGUAAUCAGUUAAUAUCAAUGAUCAAAGAAAAUAUUUCCUUAAACAUAGUUGUAACCAAAAAUACGUUCGAUAUCGAACAAUGGUUUCAUAGCAAUAAUCUUAUGUUGGAAUUACAAGAAUUUUAUCAGUUUCAAACUGGUAAUGAACUAUUAUUGUAUGCUGAAGCCAUAUUAGAAACUUUGUGGACAAAAGAAUAUGAAAGAAUACGAACAAGAUUUGAAGAAAAGUUCAAACAAAAACAGCUGUGUCUUUCGCCACAUGAGUUCUUAAAAUUUAUCAAUGCAUUAAACUCUUUGAAAAGCAAGAAUCUAAGUUCAACUGCAUGA